UAUGACGUCACUUAACUUUACGAAUUCAACAUGGCGACCAGCGAUGCAGAUGAAUCUCUCUACCCAAUUGCCGUUUUGAUAGACGAACUCAGGAAUGAGGAUGUACAGUUGCGACUGAACAGCAUAAAAAAGCUGGGCACUAUUGCACUUGCCCUGGGUGUAGAAAGGACCAGAUCCGAGCUCAUCCCUUUCCUCACAGACACGAUCUAUGAUGAGGAUGAAGUGCUGCUUGCUCUGGCGGAACAGCUGGGCAGCUUCACGCCGCUCGUGGGUGGUCCAGAGCAUGUGCACUGCUUGUUGCCGCCCCUAGAGAGCCUGGCUACAGUGGAGGAGACCGUCGUGAGAGACAAGGCCGUGGACUCCCUCCGGAUCAUCGCUGACCAGCACAGCCAGGCCGACCUGGAGAACUUCUUUGUGCCAAUGGUCAAGCGGCUGGCUGGAGGUGAUUGGUUCACGUCGCGCACCUCGGCAUGUGGGUUGUUCUCGGUUUGCUACAAGAGGGCUUCCACAAAUGUCAAGGCAGAGCUCCGACAAAUUUACCGUAACCUGUGCGCGGACGACACACCCAUGGUGCGGCGGGCAGUGGCGGGCAAGCUGGGGGAGUUUGCCAAGGUGGUGGAGCCCGAGUUCCUCAAGUCGGACCUCAUACAGCUGUUUCACCAGUUGGCCCAGGAUGAGCAGGACUCUGUGCGUCUGCUAGCGGUGGAGGCCAGUGUGAGCAUCGCGUCACUCCUCCCCUCGGAGGACACAGAGCAGCUGGUGAUGCCCACGCUACGACAGGCGGCGGAGGACAAGUCGUGGAGGGUUCGCUACAUGGUGGCCGACAAGUUCACUGAGCUCCAGACAGCCGUCGGCCCAGAGAUCACCAAGCACGACCUGGUGCCCGCCUUCCAGAACCUUCUCAAGGACUGCGAGGCCGAGGUGCGAGCUGCUUCUGCUCACAAGGUCAAAGAUUUCUGCCUGGCCUUGUCCCCGGAGGUGCGGGAACAGAUCAUCAUGACCAGCAUCCUGCCCUGCGUGAAGGAGCUGGUGACAGACGCCAACCAGCACGUCAAGUCAGCGCUGGCCUCGGUUAUCAUGGGCCUCUCCCCCAUCCUGGGCAAGGACAACACAAUCGAACACCUGCUCCCACAGUUCCUCAUACAGCUCAAAGACGAGUGCCCCGAGGUGCGCCUGAACAUCAUCUCCAACCUGGACUGCGUGAACGAGGUGAUUGGCAUCAAGCAACUGUCGCAGUCGCUGCUGCCGGCCAUCGUGGAGCUGGCAGAGGACACCAAGUGGAGGGUCCGCCUGGCCAUCAUUGAGUACAUGCCGCUGCUGGCCGGACAGCUGGGGGUAGAGUUCUUUGAUGAGAAGCUGAACUCCUUGUGUAUGACUUGGCUGGUGGACCACGUGUAUGCGAUCCGUGAGGCGGCCACACUGAACCUGAAGAAGCUGGUGGAGAAGUUUGGCAAGGAGUGGGCCCAGCAGACAGUGAUACCCAAGGUGCUAGCCAUGUCGCGGGAUACCAACUACCUGCACCGCAUGACCUGCCUCUUCUGUAUCAAUCUCCAUCCAGAGCUCUGUGCGGCCCUUGUUGGUGAAACUGCAGUCCGACAGCGACAUGGAUGUCCAGUUCUACGCCUCGGAAGCUCUCGCUGGGCUGAAGUAAAGUGUAGAUGUACGUGUUGUGGCCGGCGCUGUGUGAAGAGACAAGACAGACGUGCUCUCAUCUGUUCCCUCCUGCCACAGUGGUCGUGGGUGGACGGGCGCUGUGUGGCUCCACCUGUCUACGGGCGUGUCCUCUGGGUUCCUCAGUCGCAGCCUCUGGCUUAACCCGUGUGGCGAGAUUGUGUGUGUGUGUGUGCGCGCGCGCGCGUGUGUGUGUUUGCUUGUGUGUAUGUGUGUGUUUGUACAUGUGAGUGUUAGCUAGCAAGGAUGGUGACCGGCUGCGAUGUGAAAAUAUUCUCUCUAACAUUGUGAAUUAAUGUCUCCCGCCUUUCCUCUUCCCUUCCUUCUCUCUUCCUCCACUCCUCUUAGUCCUCCUCCUGCACCUCCACCUCUUCCUCCCCCUUCAGCCUUUCACACUGCAACAGACACUCCUGUUUGCACUAUUUUAACUUAUUCUUAUGAGUGUCACAAAUUCAGAAGGUGGAAGAUUUUUUAAUUUGGAUAACAGAGAGGAGGAAAAGGGGACUUGUUGACCUCUGAGGUUGCCCAUUAUUGCAUCUACUACUGUAGGUAUCAAUUUCCACUGUAGGUAUCAAUGUCCACCGUAGGUAUCAAACUUCUUGCCUAUACCCGAGACUGGCAGUGACGAGGCAGAUGGUGGUAAGCCUCUCUCUACAGCCUGUCCUUCACAAUUUGCUGGAUGCAGACAACGGAGAAUUGGGCAGUUUCUCAGGUCUUCACACUGACAAACACACGCUCACACACACACACACACACACACACUCAUACUUGCGCUCACUCUCUCUCUGUCACUCACUACAGUAACACUGUCUGUCUGUCUAACAUUCAUAUCCUAGCAUGUGGAACUACCACCACCACCACCACCACCACCACCACCGCCACGCCACCAUUGCUUCCUCUUCUUAUUAUCAUUUCUUUCUUUCCUUUCUAAUUCUUUUAUUCUUUUGCGUGUUUUCCCUCACCCUCACAACCCUGUCCAGAUAUAUAACUAAAGUAAUAAUUAUUAUAUUUAUAUGCCAGUCUGUGAAUGAGGUUGCAACAUGUCUUUUUUUAAUUGAAAGAUAAAGAAAUCUUUUCUGUGUUUCAUUUUAGCUGGCAUUGGUUGGACGCACACUCCCCCGCACCCCCAGUGCCCUGCAGUCAUAACACCACUCAUCGGUAGAUUCUUUUUUUUUUGUUGUCACGCGACAUUUUUGUGUAAGAAUAUAUUGAAAUGUGCAGAAGUGUGAAUGUUUUAUUUUUUAAUGGAUACAGUACUUUUCUCUUCUUUUUUUUUUUUUUUCUUAAACUCUUGUAGCUAGGUGUGACUAAUCAAAUUUCAUCAUGAUGCGUCUGAUGCUCUUUUCCAGAUUUUGUUGUGUGUUUGGUUGUUUGGUUGUUGUUUAAAAAAAAAUAAUCUAUAUACCCGGUACAUGGAAGUUUUGAACUGGUGGUGUAUGUGUGACUAUGUGGUGAUGUUCCUAACACUAAUCACAGAUUGAUCACAGUACAAGUUGACAAGAGCCUCUGAAAUCAAGAAACAAAUUUGUUUUCUUUUUGUAUAUUCCCGUGUGCACAGACAUCAUUGCUUUUUUCAACUCAUUUGUUGUAUUUGGCUAGGGUUAUUAAAAAAA